AGACUAAGUGAGCGAAAGUCAAACUGACCUGUUGAUUAUUUACGGAACAAAAACAAACGACAGCUGGUUUUAGCUUUUAUUUUCCACCUCUUGUCGUUUAAACAGUUAACGGCCGAGCUGCAUAAAACAGUCAGCCGAGCCUAGAGGCUGUUUUCGCCGUGAUAUAAAAGCACUUUACGUUAGCCUGGUCAGUAAGGCUAGUUAUGAGUGCUAGCCGGGUCAUAGCCUCGACGGGCGGCCGAAACAAAGCUCCAAAUCGCCGCAGAAAGGAGCACCGAGCCCCCGGAGCUAACGGGGUGCUAGCGGAGAGGAACCCGCCUGUGGUGGCGGUGGGAGCCUGGGUGGAGGACGGACCAGACUUCCAGGAACACCCCUGUGCUCUUGCUUUGAUAACUGAGGAGCUUCAGGCAGAAAAGAGGAGGGAGAAUGAAGAGAGCCUGCGACGAUUUCAGGAUGGAGUGCGCCACCGAGUGGCUCAACAAGCCCAAGUCUUCAGGAAGAGACAGCAGCCUCAAACUGAGCUAAUGGUUAAACCUAACAGGAGAAUCCCGCACCAACAGUAUAGAGUGUGGACCCAGCAUGUGCCUGCUGGGGAGAAGGUGGUGUCUACAGGAGCUGCUGUACGACAGAGGGUGAUGGAGAGGAGCUCUCAGGAGUCUAGUGAAGGCAUGAGGCAGGUCAGACUCAGACUGGCCGCAUGUCAGAUGAGCUCUCAUGGAGGAACAACGUCAGACCUUCCUGGAGGCAAAUGGAACAUCUCUCCAAACAGACAUGCGACCAAAGCUGAAUAUUUCAUGCAAAGACCAGAACAGGAAGUGGAUGAGGAGGAGGAGGAGGAGGAGGAGGAGGAGGAGGGAGAUGAUCAUUUCUUCACCAGUCAACAUGAAUAUCCCCUUGUUCAGCACAAGUUCUGUGGAAGUGUGUUUAGGGACACAGUCAAGUCACAGCCUGAUCCUGGUUUCAAGUCCAGCCUCAGAGCCACACAGGUCCUGUGGCCUCUGACUGAGCAGGAGGAACUGAGAAGACAGCGUCAGUCUCAGUUCCUGAUGCAGCGUCGCCACUUCAUGAGCACUGAGAGGGAGCAAGUGAAGGAGAACAAUCAGCACAGGAAACACCUGAAGAGAACCGCAAGGAUAAAAGAAGAGAAAGAACGUAUUCGUCUGGAGGAAGAGAGAAAGUUUGAGAGAGCUCGGCAGCUCGUGGAGGCCCGACAGCAGCUUGAGGAGAGAGAGCUGCUGAUUGUGGAACGACUGAGGCUUGAGGAGGAAGAGAGAGCUGUGGAGCUGCAGAGGAGAAAAAAGGAAAAACACAAAGUAGCUACAAGGUUCAUUGACGCCCUGAGAGCUCAGAUGAAGGAGAGACUGUCGCAGGAGAAACUGGAGCCCCCUCCUCUCUGCUGCUGUGCUUCCUCUUUCUGGGACUCUCACCCCGACACCUGCGCUAACAACUGUGUCUUCCACAACAAUCCCAAAGCAUAUGCCCAGGCGUUACAUUCAACAAUGCUGAAUUUGGAUUCACGGUAAAGGAAGCUGGUGAACUGAAGUGGAAAGUGACAUCAAAGAAACCAGGUCCUUAUUGUUUAGGUCUGACUGUUUGUAAAGAAUGCCCAUCCAGUACAGAGGUGCUUCAGGAGUGAAAUAUGAGGAAACAACAACAACAGAUACUCGAUUGGUUCCCAUGAUAUUUUGAAGAGGACCUUCCUGUUUCCCACAAGUUGAAUCCAAAUGACUUUUUUAUUGUUUAAUAACACAAGCGAGAUCAGAUCUUCAUUCAGGGAUUUGAUACAAUGCAAUUACUGAAGUUUAAAAGUUUAAUAAAGUUUAGGGAAGUUUUUAAACUUGAAGAUAUGCUUUUGAGGAUUUGCUGUGGUAUUGUAUGGUAUUUAUAAGUAUAUACUAUGUGUCAUGUUAAGUUAUAAUUCUUUGAUAAACUCAAAUCUGUAAACUGUUUUAUUUAUUCUUUUUAUUCUUUAUAUGAAAGUGUAUGCAGUGUUUCCUCUAAGCAGGCCGCCGCUGCAGCAAAAUGAACGAAGCGGAAACCCAGGUUUUUUAAUGUUAGCACCGGCUGGCAUUCUAAUGUUGCUUGUUAAAUAAUCAUGGAUUGAGGAAACAUCACCCUCAUUGCACUACAAACUUUGAGGGGAGAGGCCCUUGAUGUUUUCUUCCCUGGUGGUGUUCAACAGCAAAGAAACACACUCUGAAUAAACUGGAAAUGAAUAUGAAUAACUUAAACGUUAUCUCACGCUCUGACAGGCCAGCAUGCUUGAAUAAUAAUCAGGCCAAAUGAGUUAAGUGUAUAUAACUGACAUCAUUGCCAGUAAACAUACAAUUACAAUAAAAAAAUAAUUUUAUAGUAAUUUAA